AUUGGCAACACCAAACUAUCGUCGUCAAAAAAAAGAAAAAUGCCGCUGCAAAAAAGAAACGUAAUGAUAAAGGUUGGUUUCCUGCGUUGACAGUGGAAUUCGCGUAUUUUCUUUAGUAUAAUAAAAAUUUACAAAUAAGAUGUUUGAAAUGAAUACGGCGGAACCAAUGCAAGUGGACGUUCCACUUGAGGACAAUGAAAAUAAUGAAACAGAAUGCUAUGUGGUCGAGAAUCCUUCAUUAGAUCUAGAAACCUAUGCUGCCUCGUAUACCGGCUUUGCGAAGUUGUACAGAUUAAUGUUCGUAGCAGAUCACUGUCCAUCGUUAAGAUUAGAAGCCCUUAAAAUGGCUAUAUCAUAUGUUAUGACCACCUAUAAUGUAAGUCUUUAUCAAACACUUCACAAAAAGCUAGCAGAAGCAAUUGCAACAUCUGGGCUUCCUGAUGUUGCUGUACAAAUGGGCUCUCAAGAUAUACCAGUUCUUGACACCAUGUGGGUUGAGUCAAAAACCAAAAAGGCUGCAAUCAAGUUGGAAAAAUUAGAUACAGAUUUAAAAAAUUACAAAACAAAUUCUAUUAAGGAAAGUAUCAGAAGAGGACAUGAUGAUCUUGGAGAUCAUUACCUAGACUGUGGUGAUUUGACCAGUGCUCUCAAAUGCUAUUCAAGAGCAAGAGAUUACUGUACAAGUGGUAAACACAUAAUCAUGAUGUGCCUCAAUGUAGUUAAGGUGUCUGUAUAUUUGCAAAAUUGGGCUCAUGUCCUCAACUAUGUUUCCAAAGCAGAGAGUACACCAGACUUCAAUGAAGUGCCUGGAAAAGAUUCCAAUCAGGCUAUAUUAACUCGCUUAAAAUGUGCAGCUGGGCUUGCAGAACUUGCUACAAAGAAAUAUAAAUCUGCAGCGAAACACUUUCUAGCAGCAAGUAUUGACCAUUGUGAAUACCCUGAACUUCUUAGCAGCAACAAUGUGGCUGUCUAUGGAGGGCUGUGUGCACUCGCUACUUUUGAUCGUUCUGAAUUACAAAAGCAAGUUAUAGUUAGUAGUUCUUUUAAAUUAUUUUUAGAACUAGAACCACAAUUACGUGACAUAAUUUUUAAGUUCUACGAAUCUAAAUAUGCUUCCUGCUUAAGAUUAUUAGAUGAGAUAAGGGACAAUUUGCUCUUAGAUAUGUAUUUAGCGCCUCAUUUAAAUUCUCUUUAUAUGCAAAUAAGGAACAGGGCAUUAAUUCAAUACUUUAGUCCGUAUCUCUCAGCGGAUAUGCGUCUUAUGGCUGCUGCUUUUAAUCGGACAGUCAAUGCUCUUGAAGAUGAACUAAUGCAAUUGAUUCUUGAAGGCCAAAUCCAGGCUCGCAUUGAUUCACAUAAUAAAAUACUGUAUGCUAAAGAUGUAGAUCAGAGAAGUACCACAUUUGAAAAGAGUUUAGCAAUGGGGAAAGAAUACCAGCGAAGAACUUCAAUGUUGAUUUUACGUGCUGCCAUGAUAAAAAAUCAAAUACAUGUGAAGAAUGUUGGACGAGACAGUGGACCACAAGGUGGUGAAGCACCAGGCUCCAGUACAAGUCUCACUACUCGCACUUUUGAACCAGUCAUAGCCUUGUGAUGAAAUACCUCUUGUGAUGUAGUCAACAUAUUACUUUUUACAUUUACAUGGCAAUUUGAAAAAGAUUAUAUCCAAGACUACUGUCUUCUUUGUAAAAAAGCUGUUUUUAGUAAUAAUGCAUUUACUUUGUUACACACAAACUUUGCUCUUAGGAUAAACUUAUAUCCUUAUAAUGCCCAGGUAUUAUUUAUGUUACUACUUUAAGAAGUUCUUAGUGAACUGGGUGUAAUGGCCAUGCUAUCUGCUGUUUAUUUUAAGGAAAAUGUUUUUAUCACCGAGUGAAACACUAAAAACUGGUGCAAGCAUUAAUUGCAACAUUGUUUAUACAGAAUUAUUCUAUGUAACCGCAAGAUAUGUCUACGUAAUUUUUAAUAAUAUUAAAAAAGUAAAUGCAA